GUUAAUAACCUCAGCCUCCUCCUGCCUGUCAGCAUCAUGAUCGCAGAAGCACCGGGAGCUCCACCAGAGGAGACGCGUCCUGAUGUCCGGCAGUGAGCGGAGCUGCAGCCCGUGAGAACCAGAACCAGAACCAGAAGCAGAAGCAGAACCAGAAGCAGAACCAGAACCAGAACCAGAAGCAGAAGCAGAACCAGAAUCCACCGGUUCCGUUCUCUCCAACGGACCGCGGAGGAGAUCGGCGCGCUCGGAUAGUGUCCGCCGGCUGGCUGCGCGUGUCUGUGACGCGCGGCGGAGCUGCUGGAGCUUCUCCCGUCCCGCGCGGGUCCAACAUCAACCUCAUCCCAGCCGGAAAUCAGCCACCAUGGUUCUGCUGGGGUCCCUGCUGGUUCUUCUCUUCCCAGGUGUGAUCCUUUCCACGGCACAAAUAAUCCCCUUCCCUCCUCCUGUGCCCAACUGUCUUGAAGCCCACCGAGUGUGCGUCACCGACCCACAGUGUCAGGCUCUUUACCGAGGCAUAGAGCUGUGCUCGGCAGAUGCUGCAGUCUCACCGCUGGGGGAACAAGCGGCGUCCGAGUGCCUGGAGAGGCAGGAUACCCUGGUGGCCAAAAACCCCUCACUGUUGGCUUGCAAGUGCCAGCGUGGCUUCCGGAAGGAGGAACGCUGCCUCCGUAUCUACUGGAGGGUUCGUCUUCUUCCAGGAAGGGAAGAACUGGAAAUAUCACCCUACGAUGACUCAGUGCUCGACACCCGAAUGGCUUCUUUAGUCUCUGCCACAUCCUUCAUGCAGCUGGAUGAUGAAAACCAGUGCCUGAAAGCAGCGCAGGACUGUGGCCUGUAUGAGAAGUGCGGCGCUCUUCGAUCAGAGUACGUGUUGGCCUGCACAAAGCCCAUACCCGGAACGAGCCGAUGCAGCCAGUACAAGUGCCACCGGGCCCUGAGACGCUUCCUGGAGCGGGUACCUGAGGAGUACAGCCUGGGGGUCCUGUUCUGUCCCUGCACCAACACCCUGUGUGGGGAGAGAAGGAGGAAAACCAUCGUGCCCUCCUGCUCCUACCAAGAUGCUGAGGGCCUGCAGCCCAACUGCCUCCACCAGCAGAGCUUCUGUCGCAGAGAUGACCUGUGCAGGUCCCGGCUGGCUGAUUUCCUCAGUAACUGCCAACCAUCUACUCUCACGGCCAGCGGAUGUCUGAAGGACUCCACAGGCCUCUGCCUGCGGGCCUACGCUGGACUCAUAGGAACCAUCAUGACCCCCAACUACAUCAGCAACAGCUCUGCUGACGUAUCGCUGUGGUGCAACUGUGAGGGCAGCGGGAACCAGUGGCAGGAAUGUCUGAAGCUGCAGCGCCUCUUCACCCACAACAGCUGCCUACGUAAUGCCAUCAGCUGGAUGGGGAGCCCCAGGUCGGUGCCCUCAGAGCCCACUCACCCUCCCUCCCCCAGACCCUCGCCUCUGGUUCAGAAGGACGAGAUGCUGAGCAGGAACCGUGUGCCUGAGCUCAACAACGACGUGGUUGAGAGCGAGGAGGACGAGUUGUUUCAGACGGAGGAAGAGGAGGAGUCAGAGGAAGGAGACCAGUUUGAUGUGAUCUCGCUGUACUCAGAGAGAGCCACGGUCUCCAACCUGGGAUCAUCUGGAACAGGGGGCGCCGCAUCAGUUGGCGCUACGCCGGGACUGCUGCUCCUGACUGCUGCCCUCAGCUGGGGGUAGACGGGCGGACAGAGGAGCCGCACCCACAUACACACUCACCCAUCGACACACUCACACGCAAUGGCUCCGCCAACCCUCCUGAUUGGUUUACAGAGACGCUUUCAAGAAACAAAGGAAGAAACGGAUUUUGCUUUUUUUGUCAGAAGCAUCUUCUUGGUUCCUGAUUUGUUUCCUUUCUUUACUGCAAACAUG